CCCACUCCCUCCUCAAUCUCCGUCAUCGCUUUCUUCCACUCUAUAAAGCUACGAUUGCACUCACCAAUCACCAAACCUUAAAACCUCUCACAAGCUCCCUGCUUCUUUCAUCGGAACCAGAGCUAGCCAUCGAAGAUGACCCCCUUCACAUUCCCAGUUUUAGCCUCUCUGCUUCUCUCAAUCUUCUCCAUCGCCUUUGCAGCUGAAAAGGGUAGUAUCGGAAUUAACUAUGGCCGAAUAGCGAACAAUCUACCAGCACCAACCCAAGUUGUCGAGCUGCUCAAAUCCCAAGGCAUCACCAACGUCAAGCUCUACGACACCGACUCCGCCGUCCUCAAUGCCCUGGCCAACUCAAACAUAAGCGUCGUCGUUUGUCUCCCCAACGAGCUUCUCUCCUCCGCCGCAAACGACCAGUCGUUCGCCGACAGAUGGGUUCAAGCCAACAUCUCCCACUACUACCCCAAAACCCAAAUCGAAGCCAUUGCUGUCGGAAACGAAGUCUUCGACGACAAGAACAACACCACCGACUUCCUCGUACCCGCCAUGAAAAACAUCCACACUUCCUUAAAAAAGUACAACCUCGACUCCUCCAUAAAACUCUCUUCCCCAAUUGCCCUCAGCGCCCUCCAAAACUCCUACCCUCCUUCUGCCGGGUCGUUCAAACCCGACUUGGUCCAACCCGUCAUCAAACCCCUCCUGGAUUUUCUCCAACAAACCGGGUCGUAUCUCAUGGUUAAUGCCUACCCGUUUUUCGCUUACGCGGCUAACUCCGAUAAGAUCUCCUUGGAUUACGCCCUGUUAAAGCAGAACCCGGGCAACGUGGACUCGGGUAAUGGGCUUCGUUACAUGAGUUUGUUGGAGGCCCAACUGGACGCCGUUUCCGCUGCCAUGUCAGCAAUCGGGCACCAGGACGUGAAGAUGGUGGUGACGGAGACGGGGUGGCCUUCUAACGGCGACGAGAACGAGAUUGGCGCCGGCAAGGAAAAUGCGGCUGCGUAUAACGGGAACUUGGUGCGUAGAGUUUUAACAGGAGCCGGAACGCCGUUAAAGCCUCAGGACACACUCAACGUGUACUUGUUCGCCCUCUUCAACGAGAAUCAGAAACCAGGUCCCACAUCGGAAAGGAACUACGGGCUGUUCUACCCGGACGAGAAGAAAGUCUACGACAUACCACUCACGGCGGCGGAGCUCAGUGACGGCCAGUCAACUCCGGCCAACGAGAGCAAGACCCAAGUGACUACGCAACCAUCGGGCAACACAUGGUGCGUGGCGAAUGUGAAUGCCGGAGAGGAGAAGCUUCAGGCCGCGCUGGAUUAUGCUUGCGGAGAAGGAGGAGCGGAUUGCCGUCCGAUUACUGAUGGGUCCACGUGUUUCAAUCCGAACACUCUUGAGGCGCACGCUUCUUAUGCGUUCAAUAGCUAUUACCAGAAGAAGGCUCGUGGAACCGGAACCUGCAAUUUUGGGGGUGCAGCUUAUGUUGUUACUCAACCUCCGAGGUACGGGACCUGUGAGUUCCCAACAGGUUACUGAAGGAAGAACGAUGGAGCUGUUUGAGGAAUAAUUAUUCAGAUGGAGAUUCAGAUUUUUUAAUUUUAUGGAUAUUAGGGAAUUUGAUUGAACUAAUUUUAUUGCAUUUGUUAUUACUAUUAGUAUUAAAGCGAAUAGAUAUGGUGGUAUGGUGGUUAUCAGUUGGCUUGACUUGCUGUAAUUAACUUCCUAUUAUAUAGAUUUCUUAUCUUAAUCAUCUUUA